AAUGACUCCCCAAGUCAGAGCUGAUGCUGGAGAGUUGAUGAGAAAGGACUGGGCCCCGCCUGUGUUUGACUUGUUUUGAAAGAUUACCUGAGGACAAUCAGGAUUGUGCUUUUGCGGUGCGCUAUACAGAGAGUGGUUAUCUCAAACCAGUCUGCAUCUUUACUUCUGCAUUGUGUGUUCUUUUGUUCAGUAUUUUUGCACCUGGAAAAACAAAUUCUGUCGAUCAUUUUAAUAUCAGACCACAAGAUGGCAUCGUACCACCUGAAAAGAUGGGAAAACGUGCUUAUGUAAGAUAUUUUUAAUCAAUAAAUGUGUUUAGUUUCACGUAAAGGGCUGGUCAUUUCUAAUGGCCAAUACAUUCCAGUUAUAGCUUAUUACUAAUGACAUGAAAAAUAAUAUUUAGCAAUAGUUUGUUAACCCUUUUAAAAUGUGUAAUAUUCUGAUUCAACGUUGGUAAUGCCAUGCUGCAAGCAGCCCCUUUUACUGUAGUAAUAUAAACUCUGUAAAUAACAUUAAACUUAAAGAUGCAUGUGGGCUUGAGUCCGCUGUCGUCAUAGUUACAGGCGGUGCAAACAUGGUGCAUGCAUGUAGCCCGCUUAAAGAGGUUUUCCCCCCUCUCUUUCUCUCUCAUUGUGGGACGCAGGCUGAAAAGCCUCCGGCCGCUUCCUCAUGACAUCACAUGGUUGCAGAAUGACUUCUCUAACAUUCAUCUGUGAGGCAAGACUUCCUAAACACAGAGCGCGGCCACUGCUCUGCUGAUACCGAGAAGGGAAAAACCAAACUUCCUUUUUCUCGUGCUCAUCAGGUGUUAGAAAGGAGCCGGCAAGCAGUUUUGAGUAUAUUCAUAAACCGCUAAGUUAUCAGUGAUCUCAUCGUCUGGUGCCACUUCCUGUGUCGUAAUGGCGACUGUACGAGCCCCACAGCAUCGGAUGCAGGGCCAGUGAGGAGGCCUCAUGUCUGAUUCCACACCUGACUUGCAAGUGAAACACAUGCUGCUUCCACAUCCUGCUGCUCCUUAAAGAGUCCCAGACAUGGAGGAGGAAGGCAAGGUUAACGGCUUUGGACUGAGUCCGGGGAGGAGGCGCUCGGACUGCGGUCGAAUCGCCCUUCUGGACAAGACCAAGGAGUUCUUCCAGACCUGCGAUGUGGAGGGCAAAGGCUUCAUUAGCCGAACCGAUAUGAGGAGGCUCCACAGACAGCUGCCUCUGUCUGCGGAGGAGCUGGAGGACGUGUUUGACUCUCUGGAUACAGACCACACGGGUUACCUCACGCUGGAGGCAUUCUCCUCCGGAUUCAGUCAGUUCCUGCAUGGCCGGAGGAUCUCCGUGGCUGAUGAACAAAAUCCGGCCCCCGGCCCCGUCUUCAGGGCCAAGGAAGCCUUUUAUCAGAGCCAAUGGGAAGCCAAGCUGUCGGGAGUUGAGGACGAGGAGGAGGGGCACUUCUGUAUGCUGCUGGAAAGCCUGGGAGCCAGUAAUGUGUUUGAGGAUCCAGGCGAGGUGCGCAGUCUUUGGGCUCGGCUCAGACGGGACGAGCCUCACCUUCUGUCCAAUUUUGAGGAGUUCCUGGCCAGGGUCACCCACCAGAUCAAAGACGCCCACCAGGAGAAGAAGGAGAUGGAGAGCGCCCUCCAGAGGAAGUCUGCAACGCACGACAGCGAGAUCCGGUAUUUGUACGAAGAGAUGGAGGCGCAGAUCAAAAACGAGAAAGACAGGCUGGAAGUAAAGGACUCUGAGCGUCUUCAGUUACGCAGCCAUGACCUGGAGCACCAGCUGUUUUCUAAGGAGAAAGAGCUGGAUCAUCUUUUCCAGAAGCAGAAACGGUUAGAAGUCCAGUGCCACGAGCUGAACAGUGAGAAGCAGGAGAGCCACGUGGAGAACGUCAAGCUGAAGAUGACCAACGACGAGCUGUCCCGAACGCUGGAGAGCACCAGCCAGGACCUGGGGAUGGCCCAGGAACAGCUGACCAUGCUGCAGGACGAGGCCGCCCGGCUGCACCAGGAGAAGGAGAUGGAGAUGUACAGAGUAACUGAGGGGCUGCAGAGAGAGAAGCAAAGUCUCAUGAAGCAGCUCGACCUCCUCAGAGAGAUGAACAAACAUUUGAAAGAUGAGCGAGACAUAUGCUGCGGCGUACCUCGAACAUCACUCAGAAACAAGCAGAAGCAGAGAGCGGGCCUCGCCAAUAUAUUCGAUGACGCCAGCCAGCCGGCAAAAAGUGAGGACGACACCACCACCCCCGCCUCCACUGCUAAGCCCCCUGCGUGCCAACAGCGCCCUGCUGCAAGGAAAAACUCCGGCUUAGCCAACGGUUACGCCAACCCCGCUCCACCCAAAGUGCACGACGUGAAAGCAAAGGCCAAAAGGUCCCCGGGCAAGAUGGCCGCCGCUAAGCGAGUGGCGGGGAAAGACAGAGAAAGAGCGAAGAGAGUGGAAAUGAAGAAGAAGACAGGGGUGGAAGAGGAGGUGUUGGACGCCCCUCCGGACGGGUGGCCCCUCCGUCGCGUCAUCUCCAUCGAGGAGGACCACCUGCCCCACCUGCUCCUCGGAGGGCCUCAACUGUUACUGCACCAGCUCAGUGAGGAGGAGGACGACGAUGAGGAAGAAGAGGAAGCUCAGAGUGACACUGAAACAAGUGUUGUCAUGGCGGUAGACCGCUCCGCCAGCCGCACCUCUAACCACGUCCCUGCGGCGGCAGAAGCUCCUUCGGCGGCAGGGAAGCCCCGCUUCACCCGCGCGAAAAAGACGCCGACGUCUCUAAGAGGACAGCCCGUCGGGAAGGAGACGCAGCAAAAGACACACGAAGGAGCGCUGUUCGCCCCGGACCGUCUCUUUAAAGUCGUCCUGGUUGGAAACUCGAGUGUAGGCAAGACAUCCCUGCUGCGCUCCUUCUGCGAGGGCCGUUUCCACCCCUCCACAACUGCUACUGUGGGUAUUGACUACAGUGUGAAGACACUCACACUGGACAAUAUGCAGGUAGCCAUGCAGCUUUGGGACACGGCAGGUCAAGAGAGGUACCGCAGCAUAACCAAGCAGUUCUUCCGCAAGGCAGACGGCGUGGUGGUGAUGUACGACGUCACAGUGGAGGAUAGCUUCAAGGCCGUGCAACCCUGGCUCACCAAUGUCCAGGAAGCAGCAGAAGAAGGGAUCCCCAUCCUCCUUCUGGGAAACAAAAUGGACAUGCAUGGAGACAGGGAGGUGUCGUUCAAAGAAGCCGAGCAACUGGCUUUCGAAAACAAGGUGAUGUUCUUCGAGGUCAGUGCCUACACUGCCAAGAAUGUGACAGAGUCCCUGACACACCUGGCCAGAGUGCUAAUGGAGCAGGAGGACAGGGUGAGAGACGCCACGGUCGUUCUGAGUGCUCAGCCCAUAAAGAAGAAAGCCUGCUGCAAGUGAAGUGAGCACUCAAUUUGAGUUUUAGAUCACUUUUCGCAGAGUUAUAAGACAGAAAUGAAAUCCUUCUUGGACUUUAUCAUAGAGUCUUUUAACAAGCGGUUCAUUUUUGCCCAGAAAUGCGUGAAGGACUGUCUUGCCGAUGUGAACAUGAAAGCUACUGUCAAGUUUAAAUAAUGAGGCUCAGAGGAAGCGUGCGUCUUAAUAAAAAAAGGUGCUCCCAUUCCCUGUAUAAAAUGCUGUGCUGCCAAAUCACAGUAGUGAUGUCUGUGAGAUUUAAAAUAGAAACAUAUUCUGUAUUAUAAUUACAACCUUCCUCAUAAAUGUACUUGUUAGCUUAACUUCUCUGUAUAUGUCUGGCGUAGUAUGUUAAUGUAGCUCUAUUUUAUGCUGAGGCUUGAAAUUAAAUGAAUUCUAAUUUAUUAAAAUAGCUGUUUUUAAAUGAAAAAUCACGAGAGAGAGAAAAACAAAUCAGAUUCUUUGCUGUUUUAU